CUUAUCUUCUAAUGCAGUCUUUUCUAUACCCCUCCCUCCGUUUUAACUUGUGAAAAGUGACUCGUCUCCUGUGAAGAUGUUUAGCCUAGAGCAGCCCCUCCCCUCUGGUUUUCUGAGCUGUGUGUGUGACUGGGGGGCAGAAAUAGUACAAAGCCAAGCAGCUCAUCCAGAGCUGAGUUUACUCUGUAAUACUCAUGUUGAGAAGUCUCGCUCUCUUAAUAGGACAUUUAGCUUAAGUAAGCACCACCAGAGCAAGUUUUUGUCAUUUUUCCCUUUUUAUAGGCAUUUUCCUUCUAUUUUUGGGGGGUGAAAGUUAGAUUUGACUGUAGCAUGGCAUCAAUAAUGCGGCGAGAUUUCGUUAUGUAUGUAUUUUGAUUUGCAUAAAUGCAGAAAACGUUUUGUCCAGAGGAGAAUGUAAAUGAAGGAGAGUGGUUUGCUAAUAAGAUGGCGAGCGCAGCUUUUUAGCGUGAUGCAACUUCUCUGAAAGAGCUGGUAAUACAGCCGGCCCAGGUUAGAAGCCAUUGAAACCUUCUUGUGUUAACCCUYGCGCUGUAGCAUGUUGUUUUAGAGGUUUAAAAGUUUAUCUGUAAACAUUUAAUUUUGCUGCACCCUCAUUGUCCCUUAAGCCAUUUUUGUGUUUCUUUUAGGUGCUUUGCUGCCUUGGGGGAUGUCUCAAGUUCGCUUUCUGAACGAGACUAACAAUAUCGCUGACCAAUAUGGUGGUGAUGGUACAGAGUUCUACCAAGUCAAAGCACGCCUUGCCAUGCUGGACAAGAACUACAAGCUGGCAGAGUUGUACUAUAUGGAGCAGUGUUGUGUGCUCUACAAUGCCAUUGAGGUGCUGGAAAUGUAUCAYGAGCUUCACAUGUGGGACGACUGCAUCACUGAGGCCAAGAGCUGAACAACCUGCAGUCACAGCUACUACCAGUGGCUGAUGGAGACCAACCAGCAUGAGAAGGUUGGCGAGGUCAAAGAGGGGGAGG